AUGUGCGGCACUUCGAUAUCCUACGCCUGCUCGACGACCUUGAUCUCCAAGUCGAUCACCUGCUCCUGCGACACCAUCAAGGCUUACGGCAAAAGCACCUUGUUCUGCGGCACCUGCUCCAACCCCCGGUGCAGAGAGUUGAGGGGAGAGGUUGCCCAGGCUUCGACGCAGGUUUCAAGCUCUGCCUGA